AUGCUCCCAAGCAAUGAGCCUACAACACUCCAUCCAGUACCUCUUCCCGCAGUAACCACUCUCAUCACCGUGUUUGAUCCUCCACAUAAAGCUCAACAACCUCAAACAUCUGCUUCUAAGAACCAACCAGUACACUGCCAUCACACCCAGAAAUGUAAUCCCCUGAUCAUGGCCCACCAAACCCACGCCACUAUCCUCCCUCCACCCCGACCUCCACCCGACCUCCACCCCCGCACCGACAACAACAACGAACCUACCACAACCCUAACAAUCUACUCCACCGUAACAACAAUCUACCAGUCCCGAGUAUCCAGCAGCACCCAACACCCCAACCCCCCACCGCUCGACCCAGAGAUAACAACAUCCAUCACCACCCCUUACACCUCCGCCUCCAUGUCCUCCUCCGCUGCCACUUUCCCCACACCAACCCAACCAUGGAUGCUCAUCACAGUAACAGAAACACGGAUUCUCUCAACAAUGGUUAACCCCGUGCCGAUGGAACCUAAUUUAGGCAUUGGGGAAACGGGGCUGUCGACGGGAGCGAAAGUGGGUAUUGGAGUUGGGGUUGGGGUAGGUGGUCUUUUGAUGUUUGUGGUGGUUGGUGGUUUGUGGUGUUGGAGAUGGAGGAAGAGGAAGAGGAUAAGGGAGGGAGGUAUUUUACAGAGAGGGAUAGAUGGGAAGGAUGAUGUGAAUGCAGGGAAUGGUGAUCUGGUGUCGGAGAUAGAUGGGAUGCCGGUUGUGGAGGCUGGAGGGGUGAUGGUUGGUAAUAGGGGAUUGGAGAGGAGGGAGGUGUUUGAGUUGAGUGGUGGGGGGUCGGUUCGGGUGGCGAGAGGGGAUGCAGGUGGGGGAGGGAUGCAGGCUGUGAAAUUUGGGGGUCAAUGGGUUGAAGGAUUUAACGAGAAGGAGCAGAAGGACAGGUUGUAUUGGGAUUACUAG